AUGUUCAACAACAAGCAGCGCAGUGGUUACCUUACCCAGGUAAGGUCACCGUGGCCUAAACCGCAUUCUGAGAGCAACAGCGAUCACCUGAUCUUUCUAGCACUAUUUAAACCAUCCACUGCACUCCAACCUCCAUUUACCACUUCUCAUCCAAAAGUCAUCAACUCCGCCAUCAAACAACAACCAACACAAACCACUUCCAAACACGUUGGUAUCUCACACCUUAAAACUCUCAAGGCUACAAAGAUGUGCUAUUUUACACCGACCGAAUGGGGAUGCGGUCACCUAAGCUAUUCCAAGGUUCCGUGCCGCCAUGUCCAUGUUUUCAAGCAGAAAGGGAAAACCUGCCCCUACAACACCACACUCGGUACCUUGAGGCGCAACCGAAGCUGCGGGGAUAGCAAAAUCUGCGCCCAGGCCCGCAUUGAUACAUUGAACGGCGAAGAGUAUGUCAAGGCACGUGUUAGGGCCAUGAAGCAGGAUUCGCAAGAGACACUGGUCCCUUCGGCUACGGAGAACGAUGAAGAUAAAUGA